GUCACCUCCUUCCCAGCGCGAAACGCUACACACAUCACGGAAAUUAUCGUUUUGUUUCCUCUUUUUUUUUAUCGCGACACCGAUUCGGCAACGUGCUAAUUGUUCGUUAUUUACUGUGAUUACUGAGCAGGCGACUGUAUAUUUUGUUUUACAACGUCGCAAAGGGCAUGGGAAAACUAAAGGUCUCACCUCCAUAUUGGUGGGUACUUUGGACAGUGUCUUUGACACUAAACCACCACCAUUCAGGAUCCUUCAUCAGACACCAUCAUCGGAAGUAUAUUGGGAAGUGGCGUGUUCCUUGACUCGCGAGGAGAUUCUUCAAGAUUGGGAAUGGCUUCACUCAAAUUUAAUGACUACCCUUACAUCGUUCGAUACCGAGGAGGAGAUAACAGAAUUUGUCUGUUGCAAAAUCCAAUCUAUAAUAGCGAAUAGUAUCCCGGACUCUCAGUUUGCAGAUGAAGAAGACCCAGAGUCUUUCAAAACUGUGUCUUUUAAAUUUCACCAGUUGUUCAAUGUACCAAAAGAGGACAAAUUGGUCAAUUAUUAUUCGUGCAGUUACUGGAAAUCUCGAUUACCUAGACAAGGAUGGCUCUAUUUAUCUGUAAACCACAUGUGCUUUUAUGCAUAUAUACUGGCAAGAGAAACAAAGUUGAUCGUAAGAUGGACUGAUAUCAUUGAAUUGACCAAAACUAAUUCUCUCAUAGUCCCGGACAGUAUACGUGUUGUAACACGUGACAAUAAAGAGCAUUAUUUUUCUAUGUUUUUACAUAAAUCAGAAACAUAUUCAUUAAUGGAGCAACUGACCAAUAUUGCUAUGAAAAGGCUUAUUGAUGAAAAAAGUGGAUUUAACGAGGAUAGAGACUUACUGAAUAAAUUAAGCAAAAAUGUGCCUAAGAAGCCAUCCUUCUUAAAGAGGGAUCUCGAUGCGAGAGCGCACUCGGAAGCAUAUAGACUCCAGUUUAGGUUACCGGGAGCUGAAAAGUUAGACGGCAGUGUUGAUUCAACUUUAUGGACUCCAUACAACAAGAGAUAUGUAUGGGGAAAGAUAUACUUGUCCCAGAACUAUCUCUGUUUCGAAAGUAGAGUAAGAAGAGUAGUCAGUCUUGUUAUACCUCUGAGGGAAGUGACGCUCGUCGAGUCAGCGGAGAAUCAAUCCAAUACAGGAGCGGAUAAGUCGAUACUAGUCACAACGGCACGUUCAUCGUUUCUGUUCGCUCAAAUACAUGACCGGGAUUUCGUGGUGCAAAAAAUCUCCGAGCUCUUAGCAAAAUCUAAGCUUAAUUAUGUAUCUCGAGACAACGUAUGUUCGCCGAAUUCUUCAAACAGCAGCAUUAGCAACUGUGAGGAAGCGAAACCUGCGGAACAUUGGAAACCUCAGCCGCCGCUGAUGAUGCUAUUCAAAACUCCGCUCACCAGUGAAGCCGCAUUAAAACAGGAAGCUAAGGAGAAGCAAUGGGAACUUCAUUUUGCAGAAUAUGGGAGAGGUAUUACGAUGUACAGAACAACAGAAACGGCGAAACUCAUUAUCCAGGGAAUUCCGCAGUCUCUUAGAGGAGAAGCCUGGCUCACCUUUUCGGGUGCUUUAAAUGAAAAGGCAAUGAAUCCAGAUCUGUACAAAUCAUUGGUCGAACAGUCCCUUGGUAAAUCAUGUCAAGCGAACGAAGAGAUCGAGAGAGAUCUGCACAGGUCGUUACCGGAACAUCCGGCUUUCCAGUCUGACACAGGAAUCAACGCGUUGAGAAGGGUGCUAUCCGCUUAUGCGUGGCGAAAUCCUCAGAUCGGUUAUUGUCAGGCAAUGAACAUUGUAGCUUCGGUUCUACUGAUCUAUUGCUCCGAGGAAUCGGCUUUCUGGCAGUUAUGCAACGUUUGCGAGUCAUUACUGCCGGAUUACUAUGAUCGGAGAGUAGUCGGUGCUCUUGUUGACCAAGGUCUUUUGGAGGAACUGGCCGCUGAGCAUUUGCCGAUUUUGCACGCUAAAUUGCAGGAACUAGGUUUAAUUAAAGUUAUCUCGCUGUCUUGGUUUCUAACUAUAUUCUUAAGUGUUAUGCCGACCAGUAGCGCUGUAAACAUCAUGGACUGUUUCUUCUACGAUGGAGCGAAAGUUAUCUUUCAGAUAGCAUUGACAGUGUUGGAAUGGAAUCAGGACAAGUUACUUAAUUGUCAUGACGAUGGGGAAGCUAUGCAAUUGUUGACUGACUAUCUUGGUGGCGUUUACAACGACGAAGGGCCAAUAUUUCCCCGACCAGUCGACAGCACAUCACCUAAUAAAAGUAUAUCUGUCCAGACAUUAAUUUAUGAAGCAUAUUCUAGAUAUGGAUCGUUGACGAUUGGUUGGAUAGAGAGAUUGCGAUUGAAGCAUAGGCUCAGGGUAGUUCAAAGUCUAGAAGAUGGAAUUGAAAAGAAUGUAAUUAGAAGCAUUAUUGUUGAUAAAUAUAUGACGAUGGAGGAAUUGCAGGAGCUGUUAAGUUUAGUAAGAGAGGAAUUAAUGAGUCAACGAAAAUCCGAGCCCGACCGUUAUGAUCCAACACAGCCACCGUACGAGGCGUACAAAGUAGACUUUGACUUAUUCAGAAUAUUGUUCGGUGGGCUAUCUCCAUGGGGAAAAUGUACUCAGGCCGAGUCUCUUUCCGCACGGCUGUUCCGUCUAAUGGAUCGUAAUCGUGAUGGUUUGCUAAACUUUCGGGAAUUAGUGCAGGCUAUAGGAAUGACAGCGACGGCCGAUUUGACACAGAGAUUGAAGCUUUUGUACACAUUACAUUUACCGCCACUUCUCACGCCUGCUGACUUUGAGUCGCCGACGCAUUCUGCAGAUGGUGCCGAGGUAGCAGCAGAAGCUACAGAUUUCUUUGACAGCAUGGAACAGAGUGUAGCUUCUUUAGAGAUGCCAGUCAGCGUGGCAGAGGAGCCAACAGUAGGCACUUUAUCACGAUCCACGAGCUUGAAUAGCCAGCAGGGGGAUCAGUCGUGGGAAAUUCAGAGUAUGGGUAGCUUACGCUCGAUGAUUGCAUCCAAGGAUAGUCCGCUAGAUCUUAAAACUGUGCCAAAAAUGUCUCAAGGACAUUUCAUAGCGUUGUGGAAAACUCUUUACGACAUGUUUCCCGCACAACCUGAGGAACAAGAAACGUAUCAUUGUAUUGCUUCCAUAGGUACCCUUCUGCUCCAAUUAGGAGAUGUUGGGAAGAAGUUCUAUGUAGAGAGAGACGAAUCUGAAGAUAGUUUACUUCUGGCUGCUUCCGCUGCUCAGCAAGCUUCUACCUCCGUUAUCGAAAGGUCACCGGAUCGUAAUGGAAAUCCGUCGAGCAUAGCGUCGUCCGCCGAUCCCGAUUGGGCAAUAACCGUUGAGCAGUUCUUGGCAUCCGCUUUAACCGGACAAGCGAUAGUGGAUUUCUUCAGCAAACGGGCCAACCUAGUGGAAUCUAUGGCGGCAUUGAAGAACCGUAGAUUUAAUCGGGUACAUUCGUUAUCGGAUACUCCAACUCUGAACGGAUGACACACGGUGAUCAAUAUAUAAGAGAAUGCUGCAUAAUAACGGCUUUUUAAAGUUUGAAAGGCUUCGAUAAAUGGAAGAGGCAGAGUGAAGAUUCGAAAAACACCGAGGUUUGUAUAUUAAUUUGAAUUUGGCGAAUUUUAAUUCGAAGGGAAAUGCAUUUGUACAUGAAUGGCGAUAUAUGUGCAAUAGAACUAUAAUUAUAAAUGUUAUCGGAAAACUCGUAGUAAAUUGACUUAUUACGAUACCGAAGAGCCGUGUAAUAUUUGCGUAAAGAUUUUCUGAUUUCUUGUUACGUUUAGUGAUUAUGUUCUUUGCCGUUUAAGUUAGUUAUUAUAUUUUGUUUUUAAUGUAGUUUACCAUCUUUUACGUAAUAAACAUAUUCAAUUGUAUUACGAUCCAUUAUACAGCGAAGAACAUAAUUGCGAGCACAUUUAAGAUAAGAUUCAUCUAAUGUAUCGACAACGGUAGUUAUACAUUAUUAAUUUACGAAGAUUUUUUGAUGACAGAGACAUAUGUUUAAUAUGUUGGCCUAUCUUAUUAGUUGUAUGUCUGGUGAAUAUAUGAAAACCGUUAAAACACGAAUAAUGCGUCAAUAGUGAAUACUCAGGGUAAAGAUUAUAAAACAGUUCCAUUAUAUUAAGAUUAUCUAAGUUAAUUAUGUAAGCAAAGUAAAAAAAUUUCCAAGUAACUAAUAUUGACGCAACACAUCAAUUCUAAAGAAGAAAAGGACAUUUGUAACUUGAAAAGAAAAAGACUAAUGUAUGUUUAUUUUAUUAAGUUGUAGAAAUCUAUAAUUACAGAAGCCGUCGAAUUUCUUAAUAUUUUGAGAUCUAAUAUUCAAUUCAAUCAUAAAUUUUAUUUUUUAACCACAGAAAUAUUAGUCAAUGUAGUUGAUAUGAUGUGUUAUUGUAAAACGUUUACAAAUUCAAAAAAACUUGUAACUAAAAAUUUAGAAAAUACACAUUGGUCUUUUUCCUUUCGGAAUACAAACAUAUAGUAAAAUUUGCCAGACAUCAAUGGUUUACCAGAGAUAUGAGGAAUAUAACAUAUGCGAUAAUAAAUAUUGAAUAUAGUUGCUUGUUUUAACAUUAUACUAUUUUAAUUUCACUUCAUGUCUCAAAAACAUGAACAGCAAAACAUAGAAGAUUAUACAUUGUUCAAGAUGUCGUAUACUUUCCUUCAACUGUGGAUGUAUUAUAAUCUACAGAAAAAAGCGCAACUUGUCAGACAUUCGAUAUAUUCCUCAAGUAUUAUUUGCAUAGCCAUCAUAAGAUAUAAAUGAUACAUCAUGAGUAAGGAAUUAAAGAUCAAAAAUCUGCACCAUCAAGUGGACAUCUUUCUGUAUAGAUAUGUACAACAGAUUAUUGUAGCAUAAUGCGUUUUUUUUUUUAGAUAAAGUAUUUUUCUUUUUACAGAAUUUGUUCCAUUUGUAAUAUAUAUAUAUAUAUACUCAGUAAACACAUACUCAGUAUACUCAGUAAGUAUCAUCCAUAUUACAAUGUCAGCUCAAUCACAUGGUAUAUUAUAUAACUGUUACUUUGUUAUAUAACAAAAUAUACCAUAUGAUUAAGCUGACAUUGUAAUAUGAAUGAUACUUUGUGUUUAGUGGGUAUAUACAUAUAUGUAUGUCAAGAGAAAAUCAUACAUCUUAUAAACUAUUCUAUCUAUAAAUAUAUAUACGUAUAAAUGUUAUACAAAUUGAUUCGCGUGCUCAAUCGAGAGCUAUUAUAACGCAAUUUUGAUAAGCAGUAUUAUUUGACAACUGAUCGUUAACUUCCGGUAACAUAGAUUUCUGUAAUUACAGCUCUGGUUUGGUUAAAAAAUGUUCCAAAAUAUUUUAAUUAAAUGAUUCUCCACACAAUUGUGACCAGAGGAAUAGAGAAAGAAUGUGUAUAUAUAAAAUAAAAUUUAUCUUGUAAAAAAGAAGAAAAAUUAAAUAACAAUUUCUCUAAAUCUGAAAUUCUCGAUAGAGAAUUUCAAGACAUUUUUACGGUCCAUUCAGCUUCCAAGUUAUGCGCAUGCAAGAUGAUAAUACAAAUUCAAUUAAUAUGAAAAGCUUUAGACGGUAAAAUCCUAAGGCCCAUAUUCUAAAUCCUCUUUUAUCGAUAAAAGUGCCUUAAAUGUAGCUUCUCAGCCAAUCAGGUGGCUCAUAAGCCUCUUUUAGAGGCUCAUUUAUCGUUAAAAAAGAACUCAAAAUACGGGCCUAAGUCGGUAUUAUUAUCGACGUUGCCUAAAUAUAUCGAGCCACAUUCUUUUCUCAAAAUAUUAUUCUAAUAUUCAUGAUCAGCAAAAGGAAAGAGAGUGACACUGGGUAACUUUGUCCUCUUCUAGAUACGAACAGAUUUUAAUAUAAGAUACAGAAAAUCCAAUCAAUUGCAGUUUAAUUGAAAGCAGCCAAUUUCAAUUGUAUGUGGCACAACCUAAUUAUACACAUAUACAUACACACACUUUAGUGAUAAUUUUUAUUUUUAUAUAACCGAAUACUCACGAGCAUAAUUUUAUGAGCGUGAUUAACGAGCGGUACUACGACAUCAAAGACAUCUGACAUGUCUUUCUAUAUUAAUGUAUUAUAUGUGUAUAUAACGAUAUUUCAUACUUGUAAUUUUGUGUGUAUGUAUAAGAUAUAUAAUAAAAAUAUGUCAUACAAUA